AAUACAGUGCUGUGUGCAGACCACCCCAGCAUUGGCUCCCUGGGCCUGCAGUGGGCAGUUGGCCACGCCCGCCAAGCCACGGGAAGGGAUAAGAGGCAGCCUCGCCCUGUCUGUCCGCAUCUGUGCGGGACCUGCAGACUUCGCCUGCCUGCGGGACCAGGAGCAACAGCACAAGCCCUGACGUGAGCAUGUCUGAGCUGGAGAAGGCUGUGGUGACCCUCAUCGACAUUUUCCACCAGUAUUCUGGAAAGGAAGGCGACAAGCACAAGCUCAAGAAAUCAGAGCUCAAGGAGCUGAUCAACACCGAGCUCUCUCACUUUCUAGAGGAAAUCAAAGAGCAGGAGGCUGUGGACAAAGUCAUGGACAUCCUGGACAGUGACGGAGAUGGGGAAUGUGACUUCCAGGAAUUCGUGGCCUUUGUUGCCAUGGUGACUGCAGCCUGCCACGAGUUCUUUGAGCAUGAGUGAAAUGGGGAGGGCAGCCGCAGGCCCUGUGCAGAGGCGAGGUGUGGGGAACAACGGGGCCUGGCAGGGCAGCAGCAAACUAGGAGGGGUGAUUUGCUUAGUGCAUGAAAAAUUAAAACCUGCUCCCAACGGUGGCUUCUCAU